UCACCAAAAUAGUUCCAUGUUACAUGCUAUGUAGAAGAGAUUUUUUUUAAGAGAACAAACAAUCAGAUGUCUUAUAUAUAUAUAAAAAAAUACAAACAGAUUCAUCUUGUACAUCAAGCCGUUGUGUAACAAUUAUACUCUUUUCAGUUUUUACAAUACAGCAGAAAGUUAGUAUGACGCUGCUCACGCGAGAUUUUCAUCAGUAUCAGGUGUGCUCCAUAGAGCAUGAUGAUAUGGACCUUUUUGUCUCCCAGAGACUGGCUGAUAGUUUAACACACUAAUAGAGUGAGAAACAUCUUGAAGAUUUAUCAGCUGGGGUUUCACAGCUGUAGCAAGAUGGAAGAGCAAAAAGUAGACACAUGCAAUGAGGAGCAGCUUUAUAACAGUGUACAGAAUGAGAGUGGGACAGAUACUUCGUACAGGGCUGGUAAUGAGGAGAAAGACACAGAUGACACAAUGUGCAAUAAGAACUCUCGCAAAAAGAGAACAAUCCAAAAAAAUAUUUCUCCAGCUAAAUCUCAGGAUGAGGAGGUUGAUACUGAGAGUCCACAGCCUCGAGCAAAAAAGCAGUGCAAACGAGGAAAAGCGUCAGUUCAUAAGCACAAAACAUCUGUGCUGUCAGUCCAAGAUCACGUGGCAGAGGGCACAGAGCACAUGUUUCGCACUCACAUAUGUACAGAAUGCCGGCGCUGCUUUAAGACGCGCUCUCACUUGAUGGAGCACAUGCGCCUCCAUUUUCCCGACCCCAGUCUGCAGUGUCCCACCUGCAAUCACUACUUUACCAGCAAAAGCAAGCUGCGUAUUCACAUGCUGAGGGAGUCUGGUGAGAAGCUGCAUCGCUGUCAGCUGUGUGAGUAUGCUGCCGUGGAACGUAACACCCUGCACCGCCACAUCACCAGCGUGCAUGGCCAUCAAGGAGAAAAGGAUGCUCACAAAGAUCUCUACACAUGCCCCACUUGCCAAAAAAGCUUUCACCAGAGUCAGGCAUUAAAGAGCCAUAUGAAGUCCCAUCAUAUCGCACAGAAUGGGCAGCCUCUGCCAUGCUUCAACCAUGGUUGCUCCUUUCAAUCCACAGAUAAGAAGCUGCUUCAGAAGCAUGCAUUGGAUGCACAUGGUAUCAAGGCCAUAGAGUGUCAUCACCAUGCCUGCUGUGCACUGUUCAGAAGCAAAGAAGAUAUGGAAGUUCAUUUUCGCACACAUCAAGCCUUUCACUGCACACAGUGUGACUUCUCAUGUUCCAACAAGAGCCGUUUCCAGCAGCACAAAAGACAGGGCCAUGCUGGAGAGACACAGCUCAGAUGUAGCUUCUGUCCUUUCACCACUUUCAAUCCAGUGGAGUUUGACCAGCAUGUAGGACACCUUCAUGCCAAUGAGAAAACACACAAGUGCCCAGAGUGCAACUUUAUGACUGCUCACAAAAGAGUCCUUAAAAGACACAUGCUGGUGCAUACUGGUGAAAAGCCACACAAAUGUUCACUGUGUGAAUUUAGAUGCCGGGAUGAGACAUACCUCUCGAAACACAUGCUGACACACACUGAAGACAAGCAGCACAUGUGUUCAGAAUGUGGUUAUGUUACCAAAUGGAAGCACUACUUAAAUGUCCACAUGCGCAAACACACUGGUGAUCUCAGGUACAGGUGUAACCAGUGCAUGUAUCGUUGUCAUCGCAUUGACCAGCUGAACAGCCACAAGCUCCGUCAUCAAGCAAAAACCCUUAUCUGUGAGGUAUGUGCUUACUCCUGUAAGCGAAAGACUGAACUGCUCAAGCACAUGCAGGUCAAACACACAAUUAGUGAAGACCACCAGCUUCCUCUUUUCCAGUGCAAGUUCUGUACUUACACAACAAAGUACCGCCAAGCUCUACACAACCAUGAAAACUCCAAACACACUCGAACGAGGGAGUUUCGCUGUGCCCUCUGCUCCUACACCACGUUUAGCAAUACUGCACUCUUUCUGCACAAGCGGAAGGCUCAUGGGUAUGUUCCUGGGGAUGUGAAGUGGUUGGAAACAUAUGCAGAGAAAGAGAGACAAAAUAAUUCUGUGGAUGUGAUUCAGAAUUUUUACUCUGCAGCUGAAGAGUACUCUGGAGGACAAGUGGAUUCUUGUAGUGACUCAAAAAACACUAAGCAGACAGAGUCGCAAGAUAUGACUAAUGAUGUCAGUUCCCAAAUUCCCAAUAGCUGUGAAACAACAAAUGGUUCAGAAAAUGUAAGUACUGUAGAACACCAGGUCAGUUCUGAUGCUAAUGCUUUGGGAGAGGAGAUAAACAAUGUUACUGAAGAUCAGCCAGUUAUCCAGUUAACCUUAUUAACAAACACUGAAAAUGUCGACAGAGGACCUUUAGAAAACCAGGAAACCACACCCCCAAAUAUCCCAGCUGGUGACUCCCCAAGAUUUCACACCACAUACGAAGCCCCUCAGAUCCCUAAUGAACCUGUAAGUGCAGAGGAAGACAGUGCUGUGUCAGACUGCGAGGAAGGCAGUGUUAUCGAAGAGCAAGCACUAAACCAAAGAAAUGAGUUGUUGAUCAAAGGAUCCCAACCCUCAGCAGCCCAACAAGCAAUUUCCUCAGAGGCCCCCUUAGCUGAGGCAGCAUAUUCAGAGACUCUGCUCCAGGUGAUGAGGAGGCAGGACAAAGACCAAGCCAAAGCUCUGAUUCUGGAGGGUCGAGUGCAGAUGUUGGUAGUCCAGACACAGGACAACGUCUACCGGUGUGAUCGCUGCUCAUAUGUGACCCGUAAGCAUGCAGCCUUAACACGCCACUGCAGAUCAUCCUGCCAGGUGAUGAAAGCAGCACUUCAGUGCCAGGACUGCGGUUUACACUUCAAACAAUUACGGUCCUUUAACACCCACCGUCUCAGAAAGUGCCAUGCACUGCAAAAAAAGAAGAGAAUGCUUUCCACUUCAAGAGAAAUUGCACAGGAAAAGAAUAAAUCACAUAAUCAAAAUGUUACUAGAUGUCUGGUAUCAGCUGUCACAGUGACAGAUCCAUGUGAGGAGAAUGUGCAAACAUCCACAGCUAAUAGAAGAGCAAAGACUGUCAAAGAAGAAAAAAAGGCUCACAAUAAUUCUUCUCUAACUGAUUCCAUGAGCUUGGCAAUUCGUGAAUCCUGUGAUUACCAGGAAGAAGAUGGUAAGUUCAUCUGCCUAAAAUGUUCAUUUUCAUGUAGCAGGAAAGCUGCAAUUGCUCGCCAUUGCACAGCCUGCUCCAGAAGCACACCUAAAAGAAAGCUGACUGUAAAUGAAGCAGCCUCUGAGGCAGAUGAAGAGCAAGGUGAGAGAGAAGGGCAGCUGGAACAACGAGAUGGAGAAAACCAAGGAGACUCAGGAGAGAAAAUUAAGACUACAAAACGAUUUUCCUGUUCAAACUGUCCAUUUGUUUGCCAACAGAGAAGAGCAUUAACAAGCCAUGAGAAACGGGGUUGUUUAAAGCCUGGGGAGAUCCAGUGCCAGCAAUGUUCAUUUGUGGCCAGAUCAGAGAAAUCACUGAGUCAACACAUCCUGAUUCAUGGUAAAGAUAAGAGCCAUAAACGUGGCAAACAAACUCAACUUUGUUGCAAGCUUUGCUGUUUCACCUGCAAGCAGGAGCGCCGCAUGAGUCAGCAUGUUGCACUAAAGCAUGAGGGUGUUCGGCCAUUCUGCUGUCGAUUCUGUGAUUUCAGCACAGCACGUCGUCACCGCCUAGAUGCUCAUGAGUCCAUGCACACGGGUAUAGGCAGGCAUCAAUGUGAGCUAUGUAAUCAGACUUUUGGAACCUCUUCCAAGCUACGCCUGCAUCGCCAACGCAUUCAUGACAAGCAAGCCACCCACUUCUGCUCUCUGUGUGACUACAAAGGCUACAACCCCACUGACAUCAGCCGCCACACCCUCAGCUGCCACACGGGUGCGCUGAGCCACAAAUGCAGCCAGUGUGGUUACUGCUUCAGCUCUGAUAUUGCCUAUAAACAGCACUGCAAGCGAACACACCAGACUGCCAACACCCACUGUUGCGCUCAGUGUAGUUUCAGCUGUGACAGUGAUGCUGUUCUCACAGCCCAUUUGCAAAGUAAACAUCCUCAAAAUGAGAGAGCCACUUUACUAGAAGCUGAUUCUCACCAUCAGGUUGACCCUGAAAAGUGCAGCAAGGCCUCCGUCACCCAGCAAUGCCCAGACUGCCCUUUUACAACAGCAAAGAAGCUGUCGCUGAUCCAGCACAUCUUGGAUGAACAUGAGAGUGGACAUGAUGAAGGAAAACUUCUCAAGUGUGAUAUCUGUGGCUUUUCUUGCCUCCAUCAGUUGGUGUUUGACCAACACGUCCGGUCACAUGGGGGAACCUGUCUUUACAAGUGCACUGAAUGUGACUUCUCCACUCGGAACAGGCAGAAAAUCACCUGGCACAUUCGCAUUCACACAGGAGAGAAACCAUACCGCUGUGAAAAGUGCAGCUACACCUGUGCGGACCCUUCUCGUCUAAAGUAUCACAUGAGAAUUCACCAGGAUGAGCGCAAAUAUCUCUGUCCAGAAUGUGGGUACAAAUGCAAAUGGGUUAACCAGUUGAAGUAUCAUAUGACAAAACAUUCAGGAGCAAAGUCGUAUGCAUGUGAGGAAUGCGAUUACCGCACAAACCGUGCCGAUGCGCUACGUGUCCAUCGUGAGACCCGGCAUCGAGACACGCGCUCCUUCAUCUGUGAAAAGUGCGGCAAAGCUUUUAAAACGCGCUUCCUACUCAAGACACACCAGAAGAGGCACAGUGACGAGCGGCCCUAUGUCUGCUCCAAGUGCCAGCGAGGCUUCCGCUGGCCAGCCGGACUCCGGCACCACUUCCUCAGCCACACCAACCAGCUGCCCUUCUGCUGCCUCUACUGUGCCUAUCGCGCCAAGCAAAAGUUCCAGGUGAUGAAGCAUUUACGGAGGCACCAUCCGGACAAGUCCAUGCAGAACGGUGUAGCUAAAGACCCUAACACCUCCAGUGUCCCACUGCAGAAGGCCCGGCUUGGGCCAAAGAAUGAGGGACACAUGGAUAGUAAAAGUGUCAUUGAGGGAGAGAAAGAAACAGACAAACAUUAAUCUUUGAGAGAUGAAACAGGGAAAUAACAGUGCUUUUUAAUUUCUACAGUGACCCUGUAGCAAUGUUAGUAUGAAAAUUACUUUCAGUCAUGAACUCUAUUUUCUAAUAGGGUUUGGGGGAACCUUGUGAUCAUCAUGUACAAGGCAUAAUAUUGCUUUGUGCCAUAAAUAAACCUGAUUCAUUUAACCAAAGUGAAUGACUCUAAAUGAAAUGGGCUGAGGACUACAUACAAAAUAUAUCCCUGAAGCAUUCAUUCCUAAGUAUUUGAAAGAAGAACAGAACAAAAAACACAUAUGUGCCAAAAGUAGAUAAAAAGGCAUUAUUAAAAUUAUAAAAAGGCAUUAAAGUCAGUGUUGAUAUCUUGAAUUGUGAAAAAUAUAAAACUAAAUACAUGUUACAAAAGAGCAAUUUUAUAUAUUAUACCAUUGUUAAUUGUUUAAAAAAUAACUAUGAAAAGGACUAUAUCAUAACUAAAAUAAUUGUAUUUCACAGUAAUUAGAUGACACUUCUUUAGAUUAUGCAUUUUUAUUAUAAAUUAUUGCCUCAUAGAUAUGUACUACUGUGCUUACUAGUUUGAUUAUUUAUUUCAGAAUUGUCGCUAAUUCCAUAGCAACAGAGGUGUGCAAAAUGACUGUGGUUCAGUUAACAUUUAACCAGUUUAGCAAGGAUACACAAACUACUAAACAAGU